AUGACCAAGUCGCGCGACGUCAACCCAACAGUCGUCUUGAUGCCAACGAUGCUGUUGUAUGCCGAUGGAGAGAUGAUGGACCCGUCCGUUUCGGUCCCCAAAGUCCCAGCAGCCAACCCCAGCGCCGCCGCCACAGCGCUUCCGCUCGAACUUCCACUCGGUUCCUGUUCAGGAACUGUUGUUCAUCUUGUCUGCCGUGGCGAUGUUGUUUUUGACGAGGAUGGGGAUUCCAUGCAAUGGCCCCUUGACCUCGCCCUUCUCUCGAGCUGCAUCUUGUUGGGCGGCUAUCAAAAGUGCAUCUGGAUUUAUUUCGGUGACAGACUUGAAAUAUUCAUCAACGUCGUCGAUUCGAGUCAGGUAGGCAUUGACAAGGUCUACCGAUGUGAAAAGCCCGUCCUGCAGGCCCUGUGCGAGAUCGUCUAUGCUCGCGUCCAGCAGCGAAGGAAACUUGACGCCGCCGAUCUUUGUUGGUGGGACGAGGGCACUGUGCACCGGUGUUGUCGCGAGCAGGAAUAG